AUGGCAUGCCAGCCGACCAUUACGCUGGCUUCGCCCCAGCCUAUAACUCCACCUCCUAAAAGGCGUGGUGCGGAAUACCAAGAUCUUUUGGCCCAGUUUAGAUCCCAGAGAUCUGCACAAUCGGCCACGAAGAAGAGGCGCAUCUCUGCACAGCAGGAGGCGAGCCAGGGGGAAACAAUUGCUACCGACGACAAAAGCAAACCUAGCCUGCGUGAGCAACCAACACCAAACUACGCCAUAUCCAAUACAUCCGUAAACGAAGACACCCCCGACCGCAAGUCAACCACCGUUCCCAGGAGGACCACCCGCGCAUCCUUAGGACGAGCGAAGCCAGAAUCGCCUAGCAGCGAAGACGAGCUUGCGCCAUCAGCCCGUCCCAACCGCAAGACAAGUGCUAGGAUCUCAGCCUACACCGAGGAAUUAAAGAUGGAGCAGAAGGGACUACGUCGUAGUACACGCGACAGAAAGAGCACGAUUCUAGAGUCGGAUACCAUGCCCUCGCCGUCACCCAAACGUCGUCGCGCACCCCCUAAGCUCGAUACCGCUCGCGCCCGUCUACGCGAUGAAAUUGCAAAGAACAGCAAGGCGAAAGCCAACAACUUCCUUGUAGCCAACAAAGACCUCUUCCUGCCACUUCUUCCCAAAAACAACACGGUAGCGAAGCUGGUCGCUGAGGGCAAGGCGCAACCUAUUGUGGAGUAUGAAGAGCUCACAGAGCAACCCAAGGGUGUCAUGGCUACUAUGAAGCCCUAUCAGCUGUCCGGCCUUUCGUUCCUGGUCCAUCUGUACAACAAUGGCUUCUCUGGUAUACUAGGUGACGAGAUGGGUCUGGGGAAGACGCUGCAAACCCUGUCGCUCUUCCAGUAUCUCGAAGAGCUCGACCAGAAGAAGGGAGUGACUUCAGAAGAGUCUCGACCCUACCUCGUCAUCUGUCCCCUCAGUGUGCUCAACUCUUGGGUCACUGAGGCUCACAGGUGGGUGCCUCAGCUCAAAGUUGUGCGCUUUCAUGGUGCUUCAAGCGAGCGAGACCGGUUGAAGAGGGUCGCUGUCGGUAUGGAAGACAUGAAGGGAAACGAGACUUUACGUGCUCGGGACCGGAAGGCUUCGCGCAAAGCCGGGCAGAAAGUCUCCAAGCUAUCUGGAGGCCAAGGAUCCGAUGCCCCCAAAAUCAUCGUGACGACUUAUGAGACCUUCCAGGCCGAGCAGUCUUGGUUCAAACAUUCAUUUGCGUGGCGCUAUGUAGUCCUUGAUGAGGGACACAAGAUCAAGAGCAGCGUGACCCAGAUCUCUACUGCGUUGAAGAGUAUUAGCGCCGAGUAUCGCCUCAUCUUGACCGGUACCCCAUUGCAGAACAACUUGGCUGAAAUGUGGUCCUUGUUGACUUGGCUUUACCCUCAGGUCUUUGACGACAAGACUGCGACGCUGUUCCGGGAGUCGUUCGAUCUCAGCAAAGGCAAAGCAAAUAAGCAGACCAUGACAGACGCGCGUCGCUUGCUUGAGCUGAUCAUGCUACGACGCAUGAAAGACUCUCCAUCUGUCAACCUUGGCCUCCCACCCAAAGAAGAAGUGUUGCUUUACGUGCCGCUCACGCCAUUGCAGAAGUUUUGGUACACACGCCUUCUCACUCGCAUGGACGACGGAAUACUCGACGAGCUCUUCGCCGACGGCAAGUCAAAGGAAAAGGGCGCUCUUGAACAGGAUGCUAAAGAGAAUGAGCUACUGCAACAGAUGGAGAAGGUGGACAAGGCUGUCGGCUCUGGCGGGGCUGAAGGCGAAUGGGGAGAGACGGCCCUGAUCGUGAAAGAGGCACUAUCAAAGGAGCAGACCGACUCCAGUAUCAACAAGGGAGCAUGGAAAAAGCUCAUGAACCUCGUCAUGCAAUUGCGAAAGUGCUGUUCACAUCCAUACCAGCUGCCGGGCGUCGCGCCUGAUCCGUAUUACCUUGGCGACCACAUCAUCCGUGCCAGUGGCAAGUUCAUCUUACUAGAGAAGCUUCUGAAGCAUACAGUUUUUGCCCAAGGAAAGAAAGUCCUCAUCUUCUCUAGCUUCACUCGUACGCUCGACCAUUGCGAAGAUCUCUUAUCCCUCAUCAGCAACCACGGUGAGCGAUUCAAGUCUCUUCGUCUGGAUGGAAGUACUUCCCGUGCUCGUCGUAAUCUGGACAUUCGCCUCUUCAACCAGAAGGGCUCCGACUACAAGGUUAUGCUUCUGUCUACUCGUGCAGGCGGCUUGGGUAUCAACUUGACCAGUGCCGAAGACGUCAUCUUUCUCGACGAAGACUGGAACCCACAGAUCACUCUACAAGCAGAAGCUCGCGCCCAUCGUAUUGGACAGACGAAGAAGGUGACCAUCUACAAGCUCUGCACUCAAGGUACUGUUGAAGAACAAAUGAUGGGUCGUAUCCGCAAGAAGCUGUAUUUGUCCGCAAAGAUUACCGAGUCCAUGCAGAGCAUACACGGCAAACAAGCGCCGGAGACGAAGAGAGGACGCCCUUCCCUUAGUGAAGAUUUGCCGCAGAUGGACACGACGCAGUUGAAGACACUUGUACGACGAGGCGCACAGGCCUUAUCGCAUCCCGAAAUUGACAUCAAGGACAUGGUAUCUUGGGACCUUGAGACGAUGAUGGCCAAGUGUCGCGACAAGCCUGCCGACAUGACCGAUUCUGCGACAAGUUCCGAGGUGGACGAAGACAAGUGGCUUUCAACCAUGGAGCGCGUCGAAUGCGCUGUCUUCGAGGGCAAGCGCCAUCAGCGCCAGCUCGACACCAGUCGUAAGGCUAACACGUCGGCUGCGAACAUACUCCCUGACACCAUCACGCGCGAAGAUCGCCGCAAGGGAAAGAACACUACAGUUAUGAUCGAUGGUUAUGCUAUUAGCAAAGAGUCGAUGAACUGUGGCGACUGGGAAGCAGUGCCGACAUAUGCUGGCAAAGACCCUCGCCUUGCUGACCCAGUCCGCGAAAAGCGACGUGAGUUUGGCCACGAGAGUCACUGUCUUGAGUGUUUUGAAGACGCCGGUUCGGGUCACAUGGUUGAGUGUAAGAGUUGUCCACGUGCCUACCACAUUGACUGUCUGGAUUCGUCCUACAAGUCCAAGGUUAAGGGUUUUAGUGGCUUCUUUUGUUCACAGCAUAAGUGCUCAGAGUGUGACAAGUCGACCAACGAUGCCGGAGGCCUCAUCUAUCGCUGCCGUUGGUGCCCACUAGGCUUCUGUGAGGAUUGUCUUGACUGGGAUCAGACCGAGCUCAUCGGUGAAAACCUACCCGAGUUUGAGAUCAUGGGCGAAGAAGCCAUGCCUGGCGGGUUCUACAUCAAGUGUCCAACCUGCGUUGAAACAAUCGCUGAAAACGAGGAACACAAGAAGUGGCUCCAGAACAUGGAGAAGCAGUACAAGGACCAGCACCACAUUUGGCAGCAGAACCGCGAGGAUGCACAGCGUCAGCUCAACAAGCGUGAUGUCGCCACCGAAGUAUCCGCGGAGAACGAUGCCAACGCCCAGACCAACAAUAACCUCCUGCAUCUUCCCCAGCUUGUCGAGCCCCCGGUGAAGCAGCAGAACCACAUUGUUCUUGAUAACGAUGACGAUGCUACCUCCUCGCCUGCUCUCACCGAUACCUCGCUUUCCACGCCCGCACUGGGUGGUUCACGCGUCGGCACACCAAAGUACACAGAGCCCGUACCCACUACCACCAGGACCACCAGAAAGAGCAACAAGCGAAGCGAGCCAUUUGGCGAGACACGUGAGGAGAAGCGGGCUAGGCUCGACGCUCAGGCUUGGACCGUAGACGAUGAUCCGCUCAUGAGGGGUAUGUACUAG